AUGAAUGGCUCCGAGCUGGCCGGCAGCCCGGCCUCCAGCCCCGCGUCCAAGGAGGAUCCCGUCGGGAACGGGCACGAGGAGAAGGAGAACAAUCCCUUCGCCGAGUACAUGUGGAUGGAGAACGAGGAGGACUUCAACCGGCAGGUGGAGGAGGAGCUGCAGGAGCAGGAGUUCCUGGAUCGCUGCUUCCAGGAGAUGCUGGAGGAGGAGGAGCGGGACUGGUUCAUCCCGGCGCGGGACCUGCCGCAGGCCACGGCGCCGCUGCAGCAGCAGCUGCAGGGGCUGGGCCCGGGCGCCGGGCACGGCACCGACGACAUCCUGAGCAAAAGCAACUUGAAUCCGGACGCCAAGGAAUUCGUUCCCGGAGUGAAGUACUGACCUCGGAAAUUCGGGAAUGGCCUGGCCAGAGACUGAAUCCCUGCUCCAGGGAAAAGCUGGGACAUGGGAAGGGCCCGGAGCGGCUCCGGCACCGGGAUCUGCUCCGGCUCCAAGUAUUUCUGCUUUUCCCCAGUUUUGUUUUUUCUUCUU